CAUCCAGUUAGCUUGAAGAGCACUUGCACUUGUUUACCACCAUGGAAAUUGCUUUGAGCAGGGUAACUUCGAUUAGCAAUGUCGUCCUCCUGUGGGCUUUAUCACUGCCGUGCGCAACUUGGCGUUGCAUCGAUGCUUUCCAGCAUGUCCCAGUUAUUCGUCACAUCCAUGCAUCCUCCAAUGACGCUGCGCGCAGGCAACUACAACAUGUAGUACCAAUGAUGAUCUCGGGAGGAGAAGGAAUACCAAGGAGGCACGUGCUACAAGCUCCAUUGCUGUUGUUGGGGACUGGUCAGGUUGCUACCGGUACUGAAAAGGCCAAUGCUCUAGAAUUGGAUCUCAUGGGCGAAAGCGACAAAGGAGAGCGGUUGACCGUUCCGCUCGCUUGGAUACCAAAGUUAUCAGCGUAUGUAGUCUACUACAGUAUUGGAGGCGAGAAGUUUGGUGCUGUUGUUGAUACGGGGAGUCCUUUCUUGGUGGUACCCAACUAUUGCAAUCGCAGAGCCUACGGCUGCUUUAAGGAAGCAGACAGUCGUCCCUCUGGGCUGGCAUCAACUUGGGAACGAUUCGACAACAAUGAAGGAGAAGUGGAGUGGCGCAAGGCACGAUUUUCCUUUAUCAAUGCCACCACGGACAGCAGCAUGAUGGGGCCUCCAGAGAUGGUCUUUGGUGUGCUGAGUGAAUCGCUAAUGGAUGGCUCUGGAGGAGUAUUCUUUGGGUUGAUCCGCGACACGGACAACUGGAUCCGACCCUCCUUUCUGGGACAAACCAACGUGCGAGCUUUGGAGAUCAACUUGCAAGACAAUAAAUCGUUGACCUUGUAUACCCGUUCUCCCAUAAGAGACGACAAUUCUCCACAAGCGGACUACAUCCCAUUGGUGCGUGAUUUGAAUCGCAAAUAUGGAGAUCCGGUAAUUCAUUACACAGCCAAAGCAUUGGCCAUCCAAGCCAAUGGAAAUUCCAUACUCAAACCCAACGAUCGGACCCCCAUUUAUGUCAUUUUUGAUACAGGAGUCACUGGUAUGGUGCUCAGUCAGGAACUCUUUGACGAGCGCUAUGCCAUGGCGAGAGCCAGCCGUGAAAAGUCAUUGUGGGGGACGGUGAAUGUCAGCUUCCUGACAAAGGAGGGACAUACAGUAUCAUUGGAGGCUCAAAAGCCCGUCACGACGCCUCUAGCGAACAAACCUUGGCCCAAGUUCAAGAAUGCACAUUUGAUUGUGCUGGGGUUAGCCUUCUUGGAUGGACACACAAUGACCAUUGAUAUGGACAACCAAAAGCUGCAGAUUCUGUAGCUAGCUGGUGCGGCGGUACCUCAGAAGGUACUUUGAAUCUAACGCGCAAACCACUGAGAACAUCUGUCUUUGGGACCUCAAGUCAAGUUGCCACUCCCUCUGAUCACGACAACUUACAUCUCCAACGACUGCAAGGAGCUCUUUGGCAGAAGGACAAAAUGAUUCCGUGACAAUCAGCAAUUUUGACCACUGAUAGUUUCAUUCGACCAAGUCUCUCUGCUAGGGUUCAACCUCUGAGUGAGGGUGUCUACAACGUGCCAUUGCCGCUUACUGGCUUGAUCUCUACGAGCACGAAGAUGCCUUCCAUAUGUACUAUACACCUUACUUGAUGUUAUCUAUUCAUUCAUGCAAUGUCAUACCGAUUUGUAAACUUCCAUUCCAAACACUCCAUGGCCCCUCAGAGACUCUACGCUUCGCAGGAUCCCGAAGCACCCAUGAUCAUGGAGGUCGACAUGAAAUGAAACACAUCCUUCCACGCCUCACGGGUCUUGUAAGUGAAGUCUCUUCCAAGAAUAUUGGCCAGGGUGCUUUCCAAGGCUUUCCCCAUCGAGAAAAAGUGCUUUGGCAUGACACCAUACCUCUGAUGUUGCUUCCCUAGAUCGUACAUCUGUUGUUCCACAAUGUCCAUUUCAGGGCCAAGCAUAUGGACUAUGAGGUCAGAGAACACAGCGCAGAAGAGACAAUGGUGUGAGUUAGACUGCUGACUCAUCUAUGGUUGGGAUGUGAUGAGAUGAUGAGAUGAGCUGGUUUUACCUGCAAGGUCAAGCAUUCUGACAAAUUUCUUUGCAAAAGCAACACAUUGAGGAUCUUUCUUUGCAAAGUCCUCCUUUCUCCAACGAAAGAUUCCCCAAGCAUCCGGAGCGGAUUCAAACAUCUUAUCGAACAAAGCAAGGCCCACAACUUCCUCGUAGUCUGGAAUGCGCUUGAUAGUGUCCCAGCUCUCAAAGACUUCAGAGACUGUGUCGAAGUAGGAUGAGGAGGAGUCGUCCAUGGUGAUUGUAGCUAGUAGUUUGCUUGUGCUAUGGAUAUUGGUGGUGCUUGCUUAUAUAUUAUGCGCUGUGUUCAGAUUGUUCCACCGAGUUGCAAAUUAUAUUUUGUGAGGGCAUCAAUCUUCAGAGUUCUUUGGUAGCCACCCAGGACUGUUGGAAACUGCCUGCGCCUUGUGCCACAAAGUAAGUGAUCAACUUCCUGGAUAAGAACCCUCUUUGUUCAAGAAAGAAAGCCCCGAGCAGUGAAAGAACAGUCUCGGUUUCUUUGGUGGCAGGCAUCUGCAAGCACGGAAACCAAGAGGCAUCAGUAAUCAGUAUUCAACUGAAUCUGAUGAGCCGUGCAGGAGCCAACAGGUACCUUGAAGAGGACUACUACCUAUAUGGCCAAACAGAUCAUGCGGAACUAAUUACUCCACUAAUUAUACUCUGAGUUGCUAUUGUACAUGACAUUGUAGUAGCUGACAUCGUACA